AUGCCCCCCUCAGAUUCAGAAGUCUCCUCAUUAUCGUCUGCGCCACCGACAGACGACGAAGCUGCCAUGGCUAUCGACGAGCCAGUUGGUAUCGCAAAGUACUUCAAGAAGGAGUCGGAAACACCUCCGCCGAAACGGGAGCCAUCACCACCGCAUGAAUACGUUUUGGCCGACAACCCCGAUAUUGCAUUCAUCGUCACGUUCCGAGCGCGUUUCCAUGAAGUGUUCCCCCGAGGGUUGCCACACUACGGUCCACAGGACAUUGAGGCUGGAGUCCAAGAGUCCCCCCCUGGAGAAUAUAUCGAGAGACUUCUUUGCGCGUUGCUUGGACUGGUUCUGAACCGCAAGAAGGAUGUUGAGUAUGGUCGCCACCCGAUUCCCGAUACAUGCGGAGUGCACGCAGACGCGCUUUUACCACCACCAAUUGCCCAACCCAGUACUAAUACAAUAUCUGAAAUAAAUAGACGUGCGCAUUUUACACGACCUCUUGAAGAAGCAAUUCAUACACACCAGUCGCAGUGGCCCAAGGCAUGGGGAGGCAAGAACCCCCUUCAUGGGGGUCGCAGCUUUGCGACCAUGACUCCCGAGGAACGCAUCCAAUUAUUGAAGGCCUUGAUACUUUGGUCACUUGCAUCGUCUGAAGCGGUCCAGGCAAAGAUUAAAGAAUCAUACAAGCAAUCGCGCCACGAUGAUGACCUUAACCAGCCGCUGUCUGUUCAGUCCUGGGGCCGAGAUAGCUUGAAACGUCGCUAUUGGCUUAUUGAAGGGCAAGAGGACACACACUUCCGGCUUUAUCGUGAGAGUAACCCGGUUCUCAAGCACAAUACUUGGUGGAGUAUUGCGGGAGAUAUUCCUGAGCUGGAGUCUGUCGCUGCGAAACUCGAGGGAGAGAAAGGCACCAAUUCGAAGAAACUCAGCGAGAAAAUUCGCGCAUCCAUUCCUCGAUUUGAGGCAUCUGAAGAGAAACGGAAACGCCGCGACUAUCGCCUGGCGAGAAAAGCUGCGUUUACUCGCCCAGACCCUGGCUUCUCCAUGUAUGAAGGUCGUACGCGUGGAAAGAAGCUGAAAUAUACAUUCGACGACGAAGACAUGUUCUCUGAAGAUGAAACUUCAGUCCGUCGCUCAACUCGUGGUGCGGGAACUACUGCAGCUUCCACGGAGUCAUCUCGGCCUCGAUUUACGGCAAGUGGGCGGCAGAUUCGGUCUCGUGCAGGGGGACUCUACGGGGAGACUCUGCUGGCCGGACAAAACGACGGUGCCAAUGGCGAGGAAGACGAUGAGGAAGAAGAAGUCAGCAGACCGCAAAGGAAUCGUACUUCCAGGAAUCCUAACGGAUAUUCCGGAUAUGACGCCGAGGAUCUAGAAGAUGCGUCCAUUCAUUCAAGCGCAAACGAAAGCGGCAACGAAUGGCGAGGCCCUGAAGAUGACGAGGAGCAUGAUUUCGAAGGCGACAACGAAGACGAAGAGGAAGAAGCAAGCGAGGAGGACUCUGAUGUCAGCGAAGAGCCAGAAAGUCUGGUUGUACAACUUCGGUAUGGCAGAGGGGACGCACCCAGAAACGGCAAUAUCGAGACACAGAACGACGAACCGCCCCCUGCAAAAGAUGUCCAAAUGAAGGAUGCCACAGACACAGCAGCAGCUCCAUUCACUCAAGCAUCGACAAUUCCCCAUCCACCACUUUUAAGUGAGAACCGCGCACCGGCGGCUGCAUCCUCCCUUCCUUCUGUUCCGAUACCCCAAGUGCCAACACAACCCGCGCCGGUCAUCGCUCCGCUGCCUAUCUCCAAGCCUAAAGAAGCCACGCUACAUGGACCGAUAGCCACUGCCUCUCCGUUCCCAGCUGCACCACAAACUGCUCACCCCGAGGCACCGAAGGAAAACCAGCCCACGGAGUCUAACGGCGGGAGUCGGCCUUGA